AAAAAUGGCUGACAGCGCAAGUGAGCUCGAAAGCGACACCAGUUCAAUUGAUGGAGGUCCUACGGCUUUUCCACGCUCCCCCGGGCAACUCGAGCAGUUGCAAAAACGAGUUGAAUCCCUGCAGCAGGAAAAUAGAGUACUUAAGAUGGAGGUCGACACGUGUAAGCUGAAAAUAAAGAACCUUAUCGAAGAAAACCGUCAACUUCGAAAAGCCAGCGUGACAAUCCAAGCCAGAGCGGAACAAGAGGAAGAGUUCAUAAGCAACACUUUGUUGAAGAAGAUCCAAGCAUUGAAAAAAGAGAAAGAAACACUGGCUAUGAAUUAUGAGCAAGAAGAGGAGUAUCUCACUAACGACUUGUCGAGAAAACUUUUCCAGCUGAGACAGGAAAAAGUAGAGCUAGAACAGACACUGGAAAAAGAACAAGAAUACCAAGUAAACAAACUAAUGAGGAAAAUAGAGAAGCUGGAAUCUGAGACUCGCAACAAACAGUCAGGCCUAGAACAGUUAAAGCGUGAGAAGGUAGAGUUGGAGAAUGCCUUGGAGCAAGAACAGGAAGCGCUUGUUAAUAGACUCUGGAAGAAAAUGGACAAACUAGAGGCAGAAAAAAGGUAUUUGUCGUCAAUGUUACAAGGCAAACUAGAGUCACCAUUAUCUGCCCAAGCCUCCCCUAGAGAGAUGGACACCACUACAUCUGCAAACAGCAAUGAGACAGCCAGGAACCUAACACAGAAUAUCAACACACUACGCAGUGAAGUUUCACGCCUUAGGAACAUGCUUCGUGCAUCACAAAUUGAUCAUGAAGAAAAAAUGGGCAGAAUCGUACAAGAUGAGCGCCACCUACAGGAAGAAAACAUACGUCUACAACGCAAACUUCAGAUGGAGGUUGAGCGGCGUGAAGCCCUCUGUCGCCAUCUAUCAGAGAGUGAAUCUAGUCUAGAGAUGGAUGAUGAGAGGCAUUUUAAUGAGAUGACUAAGCACGACAGUGGAAGCGUCAAAAGUGAAAAAGACAGUUUAGGAAGCAUGAGGCAGAGAACUGUAUCCAGCCCCAUACCCUACCAGUCACCUAACUCUUCCACCUCCAGUCUCAACAGACCACUUUCGCCAGGUCUUAACUUUGGGCCUGUGUUCAACCCAAUGGCAAGCCCCAUGAAGUGUAGUGCCUGUGGGCAGCAGAUCGUUCACUCGUCCCCCUCCCAUUUGCCAAGUACAUCACCCCCAAUGUUCAGUCACUUACAACAGAAACCGAGGCCAAGUCCUGACAAAUUUGUGAAGCCUGCAAUUCCUCCUUCAGAAAAGCCUAAAACCUAAGACUAAAUCUAGUUGCAACUUGAGAGAUUAAUGUCAUGUGUGUCGAAUUGACCUUCACACUCGAUGGAAUGCCGGCUCUACAUCAAAUGUACUGCAGUCAUGGAUGUAACAAUGUCAUAGAAUUUGGCAGUAGUUGACAGGAUCAGGACCUGCUUCUGUUGCAUGCUGCCAAUGUGUACUGCCACUGCAUAUAGCAUACGUGACCCCUUGAUUUAUGCCUUUAGUAUGUCAAAACACAGGUGAUGUUAUAACAUUAAGUAUGUUUCGUGGACAGUGAAAUAUGAAAAGUGGAGAAAACAGUGAUUCAAUUAUUUAUUAGGAAUUGAUUAUUAAUCAAAUAAAUAAUUGUUGAAGAUUGAGAUAUUUAAAAGUUGAAUAUCUCGCUACUAUGAGAAAGUUUGACGAAAUGUCCAGAACAGUUCAAAAUGGAUUUCUAUUACAAGGUGCUUGUAGCUUUUUGACUGUAUCUGUAAUCAGUUAAAAGGUUUGCUCUUAAACCUUGUAGUGCUGUUCAUGUAUGAUAGCUGCCAAUGUAGCUGCCUUGAUAGUUGCCGAUGUUUUCAUGUA